UUCUUACUCCGCUUUUGCAUCACAUAACCUGUCUGCAUCGCGGUAUGUUUAAAGUUGCUAUAUGUGUAUAUAAUAGUAUUGUAAACGUGUUAGGCUACUUAUUGAGAUGUGCGAUUAAUUACCCAUGCGUAUUACCCACAAUCACGUGACUCUGAUGAAAUACACAAGAUGCCGUGAAAGAUGGAGGCACCUUAUAUUCAGAAAAGGCACCACCAGCAGUAGGAUAAAGACCGCGUGGUAUCGCGCCUGUGGGUCACAUAACGAUCAUAAAUAAAUACCAAAGAUUACAAAAAUAGCAUGCCAAAUCAAACAUGGAUGUUCAGAAGCGGCUUGAUCCUCUUCUGUUUAGCCGCCAUCCAAUGGCUGGCACUUGGAAGUCCUGCAAGAGAAAGAAUGAAGAGGGAAACGGAAAUAGCGAACACAAACUGGACGAGCCUUGCUGAUGAGUGGUUACUUGCUAAAGAAAGAAUUGCACGGAGAAUGAGUGUUCCGCUUCUACCUAACAGCAGCGUUAUACGCGAAUUUCAGGACGUACAAGUCGUCAUUAACAGAACAUCUCCCGAACAAAUGUUAAGACUGAACUAUUCGAGAACACUUUGGGAUCUGGAGUCUUCGCAAAAAAGUGGCCACCUAUCUGGUUUCGUCGACAAGGCACUGAAGCUACUAGAUCUUCGAAAAGUCAUGAUGGAGGUGGAGACCUCGGUGAUGUCAAAGGUCUCCUGUACUGCCUGCAAGGUCGGCGCCGGCCUCUUGCAGCACUACAUCAAGAGCGGAAAAACUGACGAGGAGAUCAUGGCCAGCAUUUACCAGUUUUGCAUUUCCCUCAAAAUUCAAAGCGCUCGAGUCUGCCAAGGCGUCACGCUGCUGUUCGGAGGCGAAGUGAUCUACGUUCUGAAGCAAAUCAGCUUGGGCCCCUCCCAGAUAUGCAGUUUUGUGAUUGGGGACGCCUGCGAUGACGCAUACAACCCUCAACACGAAUGGGAAGUGGCUUUUCCCCCGGUGAACAAGCCGCCAAUCCAACCACCGAUCCCUCCAACGGAAGGGGCACCGACCUUCAAGGUCCUUCACAUAUCGGACACUCAUUACGACCCCUAUUACCAGGAGGGCGCAAAUGCUGACUGCAACGAGCCGUUGUGCUGUCGUCUGACCAAUGGAGCGCCUCUUACCGCUUCCGGAGCCGCAGGAAGAUGGGGCGAUUACAGGAAGUGCGAUACUCCCAAGAGGACUGUCGAUCAUAUGCUGAAACAUAUUACGGAAACUCACUCGGACAUAGACUACAUAUUGUGGACGGGAGACCUGCCACCUCACGACGUAUGGAACCAAACAAGGGAAGAAAAUCUGAAAAUUCUACGUGACACUGUGUCGCAAAUGGUAGAAAUGUUUCCUGGAGUGCCGAUAUUCCCUGCGCUUGGUAAUCACGAAAGUGCUCCAGUCAACAGUUUUCCCCCGCCAUUCGUUCCGAGAGAGAACAGCAUAUCAUGGCUGUACGACGAGCUGGAUAAGGAAUGGAGAAGAUGGCUGCCAGCUGGAGUAUCGCACACGGUGCGUCGUGGAGCAUUUUACUCUGUAUUGGUCAGACCGGGUUUCAGAAUUCUAUCGGUCAACAUGAACUAUUGCAACAACAAGAAUUGGUGGCUGUUGAUAAACAGCACGGACCCAGUCAGCGAACUCCAGUGGCUGAUUUACGAACUCCAAGGGGCGGAAAUUAACGGAGAAAAGGUGCACAUCAUCGGCCACAUUCCGCCGGGACAUUCCGACUGCCUUAAAGUCUGGUCCAGGAAUUAUUACCACAUCAUUAAUCGUUACGAAUCAACGAUCACGGCUCAAUUUUUCGGCCAUACUCACUACGACGAGUUUCAACUAUUCUACGACACGACGGAUCUCGGUAGAGCUUUAGGAAUAGCUUACGUCGGGCCGUCUGUCUCCCCAUACAUCGAUCUCAAUCCGGGGUACCGGAUAUACUACGUCGACGGGGAUCACGCUAAAACUACCAGGAUGGUAGUAGAGCACGAGUCCUGGGUGAUGAACUUGAAGGAAGCAAAUCUUUACGACUACCCAAUUUGGCAGAAAAUGUACACAGCUAAACAGGCGUACCAAAUGGCAUCCCUGUUACCCCGAGACUGGGACUCUCUGAUAGACAAAAUGACGAAUGAACCGUCACUCUUCGAUCUUUACUACAAGCAUUAUUACAAAAAUUCACCGGUGAGGCCGGCCUGCAACGACGAAUGCCGCAAAAGGCUGCUGUGCGAUUUGCGAAGCGGUAGAAGCCACGAUAGAAAAGCACUCUGCCAGAGCUUAGAGUCGAGAAUAGACGGGGAAACCAGAACGGGAUGGCGAGCCUGGAUCUACAAUGGCUUAGCUUUGUCGUACGUACCAGAUUGGUUCUUCGGACCUUACCAAGCUCCUGAUGUUAUGACUAACGAAAUAGACGUGUAACAUCUGGUAGAUGGACUUGUUUAAUCAUCAAGCUUUCACUAGCUUUUUUUAUCACUAUACUGUAGAACCAUUUUUAUGGGUAGUUGGUAUACGGUAUAAACAAUUUUUACUGCAUUUUAAUACUACUCAUAAUUAAUACUUUAUUCAUCAUCGUUUUUAAGCUUGUAUAAUGUGACAAUAUUGUUAGCAAUCCAUUCACCGACGAUCAGAAUGCAAAUGUAUCAGUUUAAUCAUCGAGUAUAAAAUUGCAGAGUAAUUGAAAUUUGAUUCCUGGAUUAUCGGCUCGCAAUUGUUGAAAAUACGAUAUUGUACACUAUGCACUACAUACAUACAGUAUAUAAAUGUUCCAACUGUACAUAAGAUACAUUAGUCGAUAUUAACGCUUUCUUUUAUACCCAGUUAUUAGCCUUUGUUUCAAUAACCGACAAUUUUCAAGAUUACAGCACCUGUCACUGGAGUUUUUGAAAAAAUAAAUAAAUAAAAUCAACGAGAACUUGAAGUUUGAUUGUGAGUUGCAGGCUUUCUUUCGGCAGAAAAUAGAAGUUGGCUUUCGAAAAGAGGAGAAAGACUGAUACAUGAAAAGACUUGUCAUAAAUCUGUUUGGGAAACAAUAUAAAAUUGCGAAGACAUUUUUUUGCGAUUCUGGGUUUCUUGUGGCAAUGUGCUACGUGGACAAAGAUCUGUAUCAAACUUUGUCUAAAAAAAAAUCCUGCCUUUACUAUGGUGGAUGAUAUAAUAUAUGGUGGCGGGUUUUAAAAUAGUUAAGAGCUCUACAUAACUUACGACUUAAAUGAUGUAAUAAUGCUUCAACCUAGAUUCGUCCUUACAGAGUAACUCAUUAUACACCUUUUAUAUAUAUAUAUAUAUAUCAUUCAAAAUUCACGCGUUCUACACUCAAAUACUCAAAUAAUAAUCAAUUAUACAGACGUUAAUUCCGUUUCAGUUUUGUUCGAAAUUCUAUCCUUGUAAAACUAUCCACUUUUUUGUUAGCCACAUGAAUUUUGUCCUUUCGUAAAAUAUGGGAUAAUUUGCAAGUGAAAUAAAUUUUUAUAAAUAAAAAAGUUACGUACAAAUGACUGUACAAAAUUUUAAUGUCUGCUCCAAUCAGUGUAAUAAUAAAUUAUUUUUCAAAAACUUGCACACACUUUUAGAUCGCGAAAUUAUUCCGAGAAGCAUUCGAAAUUUUUUUUAAAUCUUUGAGUGAGGUGAAAUCUUCACGAGUUGAAGAAUACACACGGAAUUUAUCAUUUAAACACUUCACUUCACGACUGCAGAAGUUUGCAAAUAUCCAACAUUCGAUAAAUAUUUCCAUUCUGUUCAACUUCACCGUACGCGUAAAAUUAAAAAUUUGACAUACUCGAAUAUACAUAUUCAAGUACAAGAAAAUAAUUCGGAUAGGGCCGAAUGAAAAAAAAAAUGUACAUACAA